GAAUAUAUGCAUUCAAAAAUAUAUAUAAAGAGCUGUUGAUAUUAUAAUAUCUUUUCGACUACUCUUGAACUUGAGGUAGCACACAGUAAAGAGAAUGCUAUCCUCCGUGUUAAGAUUAGUGUUAGUGCAUGUUUUAUUAAACGAGGUAUACGCCCAUAAUACGCGAGACAUCGAGGUGAUACUGCUACCGAUAUGGAACUCGAAUAAAGGUGCAUCGGAGAUUCCAUUAACUUUUGAAGUGUUCGGGCAAUUGAUUCAAUUAAGCCUACGUAGAAACGACAAAAUUGUAUCGCCCGAAUUUCAAAUAUGGAAACAUAAUACUAAAGGCAUUAUCGAAGAGUUGUCGCAAUUGAAUGCACCAGAAUCUUGCUAUUACCUUCACGAAGAUGACAUCGCUUCCGCGGCCAUAAGUUUCUGCCAAGAACAUGGAUUGCACGGGCUCAUCUUUCUGGAGAACGUUACGUUGGAGAUUACACCAUUACGAAACGGCCUGAAGUCCUCGCCCUUGCUCGUUGACGAUCGUUAUAUUAAUAAAAAAGAAGCCGCCUCUAUCGGCGAGCCUCAUGUAGUCAAACGAUCACUCAGUCUCCGAGUUCCAAGUCUCCAAGAGACUCAUUCAAAGCGAGCCAGACUCGCGAAAGAUGAGCGAUUGACGUUGGAGCUGGCCGUCUUCUUCGACGAGGCGGCGUAUCGUCUGUUUUCGCCCUUUCUAGACGAGGACGACGAGAAGAUUCGCGACAUGUUGCUGGCGUACGUGAACGGCGUUCAAGCGUUGUACCGUCAUCCGAGUCUGGGAGUCCCGAUCGACAUCUCGCUGAUACGCCUGGACGUUAUUCAGAGACAGCCCUUCGAUUUGCCGCACUUCGGUGGCGAACGAGGAGGUCUCUUGGAUUCGUUUUGCCAUUACGCGAGCGCGCGGAAUCCCGCCGAGGAUGACGAUCCGCGUCAUUGGGACAUGGCUCUCUACGUGACCGGAUUGGAUCUUUACGCCCUCGAGGACGGGAAGAGGAACAGGGCCACCAUGGGAUUGGCCACCGUCGGUGGUCUUUGCAUUCCGCUCUAUUCCUGCGUGAUUGCGGAAUUGGGGGUCACCGAUCAGCUCGGGAAACCAUAUCCAUCCGCGGGAUUUACGUCGGUUUUCAUCGCUGCUCACGAAAUCGGUCAUAAUUUAGGAAUGCAUCACGACUCGAGUGGCAACGCCUGCCCGAAGGACGGAUACAUAAUGUCUCCCAGUAGGGGUGUUCGAGGUGAGACGGUGUGGUCCGACUGUAGCCGGAAGAUAGCCGAGACGCUCUCGCAAACGAAGCCUUGUCUCCUAGAUUGGCCCGAGUCACGAAACACCUCGGACGCGCCUGCGCACGAGUACGACCAUUAUUCGCGGUAUCGUGACCUACCCGGAAGAGAAUGGACGGCCAAGAGGCAAUGCGAGCUACUCCUACGCGACAAGGACGCGAAUGUCGUCACAUUGUACCAAUCUUGUCAGUCUCUCCAAUGCGAGACACCUCGAAGGAGCGGAUAUUACUUCGCGGGACCGGCUCUGGAUGGAACUCACUGCGCACCCGGCAGGGAAUGUCGUGGCGGAGAAUGCAUGCCCGUUCUGGAACAAUCGUCCAACAGCGAAAAGGGUAGCUGGAGCGAGUGGAAGGAAGAUUCCUGCAGCAGUGGCUGCCUGGAACGGUCCAAAGGAGUUCGUGUUAGACGACGCUUUUGCGAAAAUCGGGAUCACAAGCCGGUAACGAGUUGCAAAGGGUCGUACUACAACGUACUUUUGUGCAACGACGAGAAGCUUUGCCGAAAGAAACGCAGAACAACCGUCAUCGAAUUUGCCACGCUGAAGUGCCGCCUCUUUAGCGAGAAACUGCCGGAACUGGACGGCUCGGCCAAGGGUUUGCAGGUCGAUCAUGAGGCUGAUUUACCCUGGAUAGCCUGCGCGAUAUUUUGCCGACGAAGAGACAUCGCCGCUUAUUACGCGCCGCGCGUAGAACUGAACGAUCUCGGCCUCGACCCCUAUCUACCCGAUGGCACGUGGUGCUACGCCGAGGGGGGCCGAGAUUACUUUUGCCGUCAGCAUCACUGUCUGCCGGAGCACUUUGUGUUCGGCAAAAAAGCGAGACCGAGGAUGGAUUAUUAUCAUCGGUACGAGGAGGAAUUGGGGCCGCAAAAUGCGGGAAAUCAGUUAGGAUUGAUCGACCGACUCGUCAAGUAUCUCAAGACACCAGGUCCGAAUGGUUUGCCCUUGUUGACUUCCGUGUCACGUGGCACUCCUCCGCCUAGCGAAGAUGAGUGGAUCGACAAGGAUUACAUCGAAUUACCCGCAUUCGAAGCGGGCUUUUCCAUGACUUCUUAAUUUCUUCUUCUUUCUUGAAUAUGUGAUUAUUCUAUUUCAAGAGAAGAGUUUCGCGAA